AUAAAAAUGCGUUUAAUAGUGUUUAUCGUGCGAAUAACAGUGGAUUUAAUAAAUUUAUAAAUAUAGAUUUUUAAAUCAAGUAGACGCUGUCAGUAUCGCAGCUGGCAACACUGGUUCUACUUAGUUGAAAGUUGCCAUAUUGUUGCGUUUAGGGGUGUGCUACACCAUCAAAAUACAUUUAUUCAAUUGAUUGGAGUUUAUCAGUGGUAAAUUUGCGGAAAAUAAAGCGAAACGCAUUAGUUUUUGUGCGCGUUAAAUGAAUGUGUACGAUUCCGGUCUCCGAAACGAGAUAAACCAACACACGUGGAGUGGAAAACAGUAAUAAAGGUGAAUGAUCCAAAUACCUACAUGUGGGCAUAAAAACAGUGGAUCCGGACGAUCGGUGUGCUCAUCAGUGAAAUACAAGCCAGUUAUUCUUUUAACCUAAAUUCGAUCUCGAUUUAUCAACGUGCUAUGCACGCACAUUUAUUAUUGUUUUGCUCAGUAGUGCUUCCGAGUUUUUUUCUUGUGUACAGUGAAGUGCCGUGAGUGUCGUGUCGUCGUCAAUCGAGAGCGAUCAGUCCAUUCUUCGCGACAGGGGGAGUGAAGUGAACAUUUUCGGAUUUCUAUUCAAUCGGGUCGGGUUUUUCGAUUCGCCAUUCGAAUUCCCCGAAUAUGUUUUUGUAUCAUGCGGCCUAAUCAGUGCACCCCAAUCGUCUUGCGAAAUCUCCUCGACGGCCUACAGAAUCCCGUAAUCGAAGUAUGCCGUGCUCGUCGGAUUGACUGGUUGUUGUUCUUCCGUCUUUGUCUGUCUCGAAACGGAAGUGGCCGUGUCUGUGAAAGCAUAAUAUCGGCUGGCCUUGGAAAGCGGGAGGUUAGUGGCCUUAAGCACGCGGGAUUGUUUACCCAGUGACAGCAUGGGAGUUGGUGGUGCCGCUGCUGCUGCAACUGCUGCCGGUGCUGGUGGUGGACGUUAAACGGUGGAUGCGGAUCGUUCGAGUUAUAUGCUAACCCCGGCUGGACCGUUCGAUCAGCCGCGGGUCGACGCCGUAAUAAUAGGAAUAUAACGUACACCUACAAUAUCUCUAUAAAGGGGGAGACACCUUUUUUUCCAAAGCUCUUCGACUUCGUCGUUAGCGGUCCAUGGCGUGGCACAAGAACGAGCACGUAAUGCUAAUGGAUAAAAAUAAACCGAAAAUGCCGGUCGCGCCCGGAGGAGGCGGAGGCGGCGACAUGUCGCUGACCCAACGAAGACACGUCCCUCUCUACGGCCGAUUGGUGGCCGAAGACACCCUCGGAUUACCUCACAUGACUAAUUCCUCUUCGACGGACAUCCAGGCCAUGCAGGCCAGGAUACCGCCCACGUUCAGGGACUCCUCGCUGGCCCCGCUCAGGAAGCUCAGCGUCGAUCUAAUCAAGACUUACAAGCAUAUUAACGAGGUGUAUUACGCGAAGAAGAAACGACGGGCAGCCCAGAUUCAAGGCGAAGAUACCUCUCACAAGAAAGAGCGGAAGAUCUACAAUGACGGUUACGAUGACGACAACCACGACUACAUAGUUAAAAAUGGUGAAAAGUUCCUGGAGAGAUACGAAAUCGACUCCUUAAUCGGCAAGGGUUCGUUCGGUCAAGUGGUGAAGGCGUUUGAUCACGUCGAACAAUGUCACGUGGCCAUAAAAAUUAUAAAAAAUAAAAAACCUUUUCUUAACCAGGCUCAAAUCGAAGUUAAAUUAUUAGAAAUGAUGAAUCGAGCCGACGUCGAGAAUAAAUAUUACAUAGUUAAAUUAAAAAGACAUUUCAUGUGGAGGAACCAUUUGUGUCUAGUAUUCGAAUUGCUAUCCUAUAAUUUGUACGAUUUACUUCGAAACACUAAUUUCCGCGGUGUGUCAUUGAAUCUCACGAGAAAAUUCGCGCAGCAACUUUGUACAGCCUUACUCUUUUUGUCGACGCCCGAACUGAACAUUAUCCACUGCGAUCUUAAACCCGAAAAUAUACUGCUAUGCAAUCCGAAAAGGUCGGCUAUUAAAAUCGUCGACUUUGGGAGCUCUUGCCAAUUGGGGCAAAGGAUAUACCAGUACAUUCAGUCGAGGUUCUACAGAUCGCCCGAAGUACUUUUAGGAAUACCGUACGACUUAGCUAUAGAUAUGUGGUCGUUGGGAUGCAUUUUGGUGGAGAUGCAUACGGGCGAGCCCCUCUUUAGCGGUGCCAACGAAAUCGAUCAAAUGAACAAGAUCGUCGAGGUGCUGGGCAUGCCGCCGAAGCAUCUCUUGGAUCAAGCGAAUAAAACGAGGAAAUUUUUCGAAAAACUACCAGGAGAGAGAAGGUACAUACUGAAGAAGAGCAAAGACGGCAAGAAAUACAAAAUUCCAGGUACCAGAAGACUUCACGAUAUCCUAGGCGUAGAGACUGGCGGGCCGGGCGGUCGACGGGCGGGCGAAGUCGGCCACUCCAUGUCCGAUUACCUAAAAUUCAAAGACCUAAUACUCCGCAUGCUGGAGUACGAUCCGAAAUCGAGAAUCACCCCCUAUUACGCUUUGCAGCACAAUUUCUUCAAGCGUACGUCGGACGAGAGCACAAACACGGCGAACAGCACGAGUUCCAGCCCCGCUGUGGCUUCCAUCGAUAUGUCAUUGGCGAAUUCCGGUAGUCAACACGGUUUAAACUUAGGAGGUCGAUUAAAAGAAAUAUCGGAAAAAAACUACCUGUCUUCGGCGUACCCUUCAUCGAUGGAAUGCGAUCCGUCGGCGUCGGCGUCGCGACGCUUUCACCCGCAACGUUUUCAGUCUUCGGUGUUGAAUCACGGCCCCGCGUCCCUACAGUACGUGCCCUAUCCGACGAAUAGAAUGGAAAGCACGCCCCCUAAGCACCCUCACUCACAGUCCCAGAACGGGCCCCAAAACAGCAAAUCCGACGAUCAGGAGGACAGUCCGAUGGUUUGUGUUCAACAGAGCCCGGUGGUUAUCCACUGAGGGCUCGGCGCCCUUGCAUUUGAUCGAAAAGAACUCGGCCGAAAAAUAAAAAUAAAAACGCUAAUACGAACUCUAAGGUGACUGCUUGGAGAAAAUCAUUUUUAACAGUGAUUCAUUAUUGUGAUUAUACGCAAAACGAUUUGACUCGAGUGAAAGGUUUCCAAUUAGGCAAUAUACGUGUUAAGUGUUGUUAAUGUCGAUUUAUUAUGAAAACGAAUCGAAUAUUUUCGAUUAAUAAAUUGAAAAUGAUAAUAAACUGUUCGCUGGUGAAAAUGGCAGAAAGUGGCAGAAUUCGAGCUUGGAGGUGCUUGUUUCGUUGGCAUUACGCAAACCCUGUAUUAUACAAAAGAUUUUAUUACGUCAUUUAAGUCAGUGAAAUGAAGAGUAAUUUAUGAGGAUUAUUCAAAUAUAUUGAUAAUAAUUAUAGUUUUUACCUUCAUUUUUUUCCUUUUCCACUAUUAUCCUUAAAACUAAAAGUACAGUUAUCAAGUAUGCUUAGUGCAUAAUUCGAAGUGUGGC